GCAUGGCAUGUGCGGAAUAAAGAAGUGCCGUAUUAUUCACCAGAAACUGAAUUGCUAUAUUAUGAUAAAAUUCUAUAAGCACCAACACAAAGCAAGACAGUUUCCAAUAGCUGUAACCUAUUGGAGAGAGAGAGAGAGAGAGAGAGAGAGAGAGAGAGAGAUGGAAAAGAGAACACAGAGUAGUCAAAGGUUGGUUUUAUUCCCAUGUCCAUACCAAGGCCACAUUAACCCAAUGCUUCAGUUGGGUACCUUCCUUCACUCAAAGGGCUUUUCCAUUACAAUUGUUCACACCCAUUUCAACUCUCCUAACCCUUCAAACCAUCCUGAAUUCACCUUUUUUCCAAUACCAGAUGGCUUAACUGCUGAUGAGAUAUCAUCUGGGAAUAUAAUGGCCAUUCUGUUGGCUCUUAAUGCCAAUUGCAAAGCGAGUUUUGAACAAACCUUGACUGAAGUGAUGGAAAAAGAACCGCAGAAUAAAAUCACCUGCAUCAUCCAUGACGACAUCAUGUACUUCUCUGAAGCUGUGGCUCGUCAUCUAGACAUUCCAAGCAUCAUGUUACGCACUACCAGUGUUACAAAUUUUCUUGCUCGCAGUGCUGUCCUACAACUUCAUUCAGAAGAUCACCUUCCAUUCCCAGACUCUCUGUCACUGAAUCCGGUGCCCCAGUUUCAUCCCCUCAGGUUCAAGGAUCUGCCCACCUCCAACUUGGACACAUUUGAAAACUAUUCGAAACUAGCCGUUAAUGCGGGCAAUGUUAGGAUGGCCUCAGCCAUCAUUUGGAACACCAUGGAUUGCCUUGAACAAUCAUCACUAGCACAGAUCCAGCAACAAUGUCAAGUUCCAAUCUUCUCUAUAGGUCCUCUUCACAAGAUUGCACCAGCAGGCUCUAGUAGUUUACUAGAAGAGGACACCAGCUGCAUUGCGUGGCUCGAAAAGCAAUCUCAUAAGUCAGUUAUCUAUGUAAGCUUGGGGAGUGUAGCAUCCAUCAGUGAGAAGGAACUAGGUGAAAUGGCUUGGGGAUUAGCUAACAGCAAUCAACCUUUCUUGUGGGUGAUCAGACCUGGCUCAAUUUGUGGUUUAGAUUGGAAUGAGACAUUGCCUCAAGGUUUCAUAGAAGCUGUUGGAGAAAGAGGUUGCAUUGUCAAAUGGGCACCCCAAAGAGAAGUUUUGGCUCAUGGAGCAGUGGGUGGGUUUUGGAGCCAUUGCGGUUGGAACUCAACCCUAGAAAGUUUAUCUGAAGGUGUUCCAAUGAUAUGCACGCCGAGUUUUGGCGAUCAGAAGGUGCACGCAAGGUAUAUCAGCCAAGUAUGGAGAGUAGGUGUACAAUUGGAGGAUGAGUUAGAAAGAGGAGAGAUAGAUAGAGCUGUGAGAACACUGAUGGUAGAUGAUGAUGGGGAGGGGAUGAGGGUAAGGGCCAAAGAUUUGAAGGAGAAAAUAGAAGUUUGUAUGAAGAAGGGUGGCUCUUCUUACAGUUUCUUGAAUAAGCUUGUGGAGCUUAUCAUGUCAUUGUAAUUGCAACAACAGUGGAUUUUUUACCACUAUGUCCCUUCUUCAGACAUUGAUAGAUGAGGCUUCCUGCAUAUGGAUGUCCAAAAAAAAAACUUCUGUUGUCCAUCCUCAGCUUUGAAUAAAGUAAAAAUUGUUUUUAUGCUCUUGUUUCAUUGAUCUUCUCUACCAAACUAAGGAGGUGUAGGUGGUUCUGUUAGAGUUAAGAGCACUAAAAGGGACCAACUAGAUUUUCGCUUUAAUUUAGUUAGGUAUAUAGAACCCCAAAGAAAUUUGUACCCAAACAAAACAUAUGGCCGAGGGGAGACCAACAAUGUCAAUUGUCUCAGCUUAAGUACCCCACAACAGGAGGUCUUGUGUAAAUAUAAUAAAUUAAAUAAGCAAAAAGAAUAAAAUAAAGACAGGUAUAACGAUGUCAAUUAUUCAUCCCUCUGUAGUGGGUCAAGCAUUGCCAGACAAGAGUUAACUUAACAUCUGUCUCUCUUACAUUGAACUGGCUGUGUUCUAGCUUUAAUUUUGUAUCUAUGUUAAUUGACUAACAUUUUCAGGCAUAACAAGUAACAAAAUCAAAACCCUAUUACUUCAUAAUGAAGCAAAAAAUGGGCUUCUUUGGCUUGCUGCCUUAUGACUAAAGACCAACUAAAGCCAAUUGUCUAGCUUUCGUUAUCCAAUCGGCUCUCAGCCAUGAAAUUUCCUUCCCCAAAGGUUAUUAUAUUGGGUUAUUAUUAAAUUAAUCUCCAAAGUCUUCUAUCUUAUUUUAAAAUAUGGACUAGUUUCCGGGAAAUGUAGUUAAAGUACCCUAAUUUUCAAACUUAAUAAGGAAUUUUCUCU